CUCGAAUAUCAGCCAGGGAAGCAGCACCACUGAACAGGAUCACAGGAGUACUGUGGAAUCAAAAGACCCAAGAUGAUUAGAAAAUCAAAAGCGACAGACGGGACAGCCGCUGGCCAAGUUGGGAUCAAGAAAAAAUCUAAGGUCCCAGGAGUGAUGAUUACACAGUUUAUCGAGACGCUGCCAGAGGGAAAGAGCCAUCCAGACUUCACCCGCAAGCCAAUUGCUUUGACCAUCCAAGAGGGGAAAUUUGCUUUCUUUAAAGCUAUUGUCAUUGGAGACCCAACACCAACUGUAACAUGGAGCAGAAAUAACGGAGAUGUGUCUGAUACUUCCCGGUACCAGAGUAAAUACGAUUCCCCUUCCAAUGAGCAUACAUUUGAGAUGCCAAAUGUUGCCCCAGAUCAAGCAGAUACCUACAAAUGCUUCGCCACAAAUGAAUAUGGACAAGCCAUGGUCACAGUUGUUUUAAAUGUGAUUGAAGUGGGUUUUAAAAAAAACAAAGCCCAAAAGCAAGCAGCUGAUGCAAUAGAAGGGGAUUUUAAGACUGUUCUAAAAAGGAAAAGCAAGGUUCAUCCCAAAUCUGAGCAACCUGAGAAAAAAGAGGGAGAAAUGGAUCCAAAAUUUUGGGAGCUUUUACUUAGCGCUGACAAGAAAGAUUAUGAGAGAAUCUGUGCAGAGUUUGGGGUAACUGACUAUCGUUGGAUGCUCAAGAAAUUAAACGAAAUGAAGAAAGAAAGGGAGGAAGAACAAGCACAGUUCGUCAAAAGCCUCUCUAAUCUGAGACCUAUUCAGGUCAAUGCAGAUGGCACUGCAUCCUUUGAGAUAGACAUGGACCUCAUUGAACAAAGCAGCUCUAUAUUCCUGUACAAGGAUGGUGAAAUGAUCCCUUACACAAAAGAACUGGGUGAUAAGCUCAAGCACAGCCUUAAGAAAAUUGGAAAAAAGUACAUUUUCAGCAUGAGAGACCUAAUGCCAGAGGAUGCCGGGCUGUACCAGUUGGAUGUCGAGGAUGUCAAUAUGUUUUCCACUGAUUUUAAAAUCCCCAUGGUGGAUUUCUUGGUGAAGAUUCAGGAAGUAAAGGCAAAAGAGAGAGAAGAUGCCAUAUUUGAGUGUGUCUUGUCAAACCCCUUUGCCAAGAUUUUGUGGUUUGGCAAAAAUAUGCCACUGGAACAGGGAGAUAAAUAUGACAUUGAGGUUUCAGAAGACAAGCUCAUUCACAGGCUGCUGGUUAAAGACUGCAUGGUGGCAGAUAAAGGAAUUUAUUGUGCCUGUGCAGGGAUAAAAUCUUGCAGUGCUUGGCUUGUCAUUGAAGCUGAUAAAGAUGCACAAAAGGGUAAAAAGACAGCAAGGAAAACAACAAGGGCAGGGGGAUCUGGGCAGGAUUUACAGAAAAUUGCCAAAGAGCAACAAGCAAAACUAGAAAAGGAGAAAGAGGAAAGAAAAGAGCAAAUGAAAGCUUCUGAAGAGGCUGCACCUCCACCUGCUGCACCCACUGACACUCCAGUUGUGGCUGGAUCUGCAGCUUCCAAACCAAGAGUGGUAAAUGAACCAACAAUGACAGGUUCACAUCCACCAGUUGUGGAGGCAACAACCACUGGAAAAUCAGCUGAAUUGCAAGUGAAGAUGAACAUUGACAGUGAUGGCACCUGGUUCAAAGAUGGAAAGCAAUUAAACUCAGGUGCUGGGAUCACCAUAACCAAAGAUGGAAAUUCUCAUGAGCUAAGAAUUAAAAGCUGCAGUGAUGACAGCUCUGGAAUUUAUCAGUUUACAUCAGGGGAACACAGCACACAAGGGAAGGUUACAGUUGGAGAUGUACCUGAGUUUGAUCCAGAUGACCUUCACAAGUUCUCUAAACCUGUGAUAGUAAGAGCGGGACAAAAUGCUGCUUUCAAGAUGCCCUUUCCUCCUCAGGAGUCUUUGGAGGUCAACUGGUUCAAGGAUGGCACUGAGCUGAAAGAUGGAGGAGGAGUUAAGAUUGUGAGGGAGCGCAAUCACAGCCGCCUGUUGUUCAGAGACUGCCUGCGGAUAGACACAGGGGAAAUAAAGAUCCAGCUGAAAAACCCAUUUGGAGCCAUAGAGGCCACAUCUAAGCUUAUUGUGCUUGAUCGACCCGGUCCACCAGAGGGUCCAGUGAAGACUGUUGAAACUACCUCAUCAAUAAUUGAGAUUAAAUGGAACCCUCCCAAAGACGACGGCGGCUCUGCUGUAACCAACUACAUUAUAGAACGGCAGCAGACAGGACAGAGUCUGUGGACAAAACUUGGAGAUGUCUCAGCGGACAAGACCUCCUUCAGGGACAGGAAUGUGACACAUGGAAAGAAAUACAACUAUCGCAUCUAUGCAGAAAACCCUGAGGGUAUUAGUGAUGCCCUGGAGACAGCUGAAAGCAUAAUGGCUGGCAUAAUGAUACUCGCCGGCCCUCCUGGUGCUCCUAAAGUGGUAAGUGCCUCAAAAACCUGUAUCAACUUGACCUGGACCCCUCCAGAGGAUGAUAAAGGAGUGCCGAUCAUUGGGUACCAAGUAGAGAAACAGAAGAAGGACACAAAUCAGUGGAUUCCCCUAAAUGCAGUUAAUGAACCUAUUGAAGACAUAAAGUACGCAGUCAAAGAUAUCACUGAGGGUUCAGAGUACGAGUUCAGGGUUACAGCAAUCAAUGAGUCAGGAUCUGGAGAUCCAAGCCCUCCAUCUGCGAUGGUGUGUGCAAAGAAUCCCAACAUGAGACCUUGUUUUAAGGAUCCAGAGGACUUCAUUGUUGUCAGAGCAGGAAAUUCUGCUCGUAUCAAAAUUUGCUUUGAGGCUGAACCUCCACCUCAGAUCACUUGGCUGAAGGAUGACGAGAAAAUAUCUGCGUGGAUUAAUAUCAUAAAUACAGAGGGAACAUCUCAGCUUGUUAUUCCCAAUUCAAAGCGCUCGGAUUCAGCCAUCUACACUAUUAAAGCCAAAAACUCUGUGGGUGAGGCUUCAUUUGACAUUGACCUUAGAGUCACAGAUGAACCCAAGGUUCCAGGGCCUGUGGAACUAGAGCAAACAGUACAUGGAAAGCUAGUGAUAUCAUGGGCUCCCUCACCAGACCAGGAGCUUGAUGACCGCCUGUACUACAUGGUUUCUCAACAUGACUCCCUCAACAGAGUUUGGAAAACUAUAGCAGACCGUCUAUUCACUAACACAUACACAGCUAGCAACAUCCUUCCUGGGACAGAGUAUCAUUUUCGAAUCUAUGCCAAGAAUGAUAUGGGACUGUCCGAUCCAUCUCCGUCACCUACAUGGGGCACCAACAUCAAUAAAGUUCCAGUAACUUCAAAUGGAAUUAUUUCCACAGAGGUCUCCUUUGAGAGACCUCCAUCUAUCUUGGUCCCUCUGAAAGUCCACACACCACCUAAAGGUUACCAACUCUUUAUGACAUGUGCCGUUAGAGGAUAUCCCGCCCCAACUGUAUCCUGGUACCUGAAUGACAUCUGCAUCAACUCAGACAAUAAUUACUACAUCACCAACUCUUUUGGUGUCUGCUCCCUGUAUAUUCUCCGAGUUCGGCCAAAGGACAGUGGGGAAUAUAAGGUAGUCGCAGUUAACUCUUUUGGCAAGGCAGAGUGUUCCGCUAAAAUUUUUGUCAGAGAUUAAUUGGCAACAAACCUUUGUGGAGCUUUUCUUCUUACUGAGAUCCUGUGGAAAAUACAGAAAUAAAAUGAAUUUUUUGGUUUGCUAUAUAACAGAAAUAGUAUACUUUCAAUACAAAGUGUGGGAAGAAAAAAAAAGAGCUUUAAUGCAAACUCAUUUGAUGUGUCUGAAGUGCAAUAUCUACAAUUGUUACCCUGUCACUGGUAAUAAUAACUAUUAAAAUGAGUGAAGUGGCAAUCUUCAGUAUAAAAACAUCUGUCAAAUUGUA